AUGGCGGCGGCGGCACCAGUCAACCCCAAGCCAUUCAUGAACGAGCUUACGGGCAAACCGAUUGUGGUGAAGCUCAAGUGGGGCAUGGAGUACAAAGGCUACCUGGUGUCUGUCGACUCGUACAUGAACCUGCAGCUGGCCAACACAGAGGAGUUCAUCGACGGCCAGUUCACCGGCAACCUGGGGGAGGUGCUCAUCAGGUGCAACAACGUAUUGUACAUGCGGGGCGUGCCAGAGGAAGAGGCCAGCUGA